GAAAGAAAUGGAGGGGCAUAAAAUUACAAAAUGGCUAAAAAUAGAGGAGAGGGAGCUGGAUUUGGUAGCCACCAACCAAUAAUCCUGUAGCUGGGACAGAAACAGAAGGGGUGUAAAUAACAGAGAUCAGUAAAAAAUACAGGAGAAAAAAUAGUUGAUGAUAUAUGAGAAAAUGAGAUAUUUCCACAGCUUUAAAGAAAUCUGAAUUAAACUGGGAGUGGAAAGGGCUCUGUGGAUCCUGGAGCAGCAGAGGGUGAGAGAGGCAACAAUGGGCAGAGAGUUUAUGGUAAACCAAUAAAAUGUACUUAUGUCUGAAUGUGAAAUUAGACUCUGAAAAAUACGGUCUCAAGGCACCUGCUAAAGAGCUUACUGGAAUCUUAAUAAAUGACUCAUGCUGUCAUAAUCUGAUCCUGACAUCAACUCCCAGGGCUGGAGAGGAGGGGGGAAGGGGAGGCUGCAAAGACUGGGAUGGAAAAAGGCAGGUCCCUGGAUGGGAGGCUGCAGGUGUCCCACAGGAAGGGCCUCCCCCACGUCAUCUACUGCCGGCUGUGGCGCUGGCCCGACCUGCACAGCCACCACGAGCUGCGCGCCAUGGAGAUGUGCGAGUUCGCCUUCAACAUGAAGAAGGACGAAGUGUGUGUCAACCCCUACCACUACCAGAGAGUGGAGACCCCAGUGCUGCCCCCGGUGCUGGUGCCUCGGCAUGCAGAGAUUCCAGCAGAAUUCCCUCCCCUGGAUGAUUACAGCCACUCCAUCCCAGAGAACACUAACUUCCCUGCAGGUAUCGAGCCCCAGAGCAACUACAUUCCAGAGACCCCUCCUCCAGGCUAUUUGAGUGAGGAUGGAGAAACCAGUGACCAUCAGAUGAACCCCAGCAUGGAUGCAGGUUCUCCAAACUUAUCACCAAACCCCAUGUCUCCAGCACACAACAAUUUGGACCUGCAGCCCGUGACCUACUGCGAGCCAGCCUUCUGGUGCUCCAUAUCCUACUACGAGCUCAACCAGAGGGUGGGGGAGACUUUCCACGCCUCCCAGCCCUCCAUGACCGUGGAUGGUUUCACUGACCCCUCCAACUCGGAGCGUUUCUGCCUGGGUUUGCUGUCCAACGUCAACAGGAACGCGGCCGUGGAGCUGACGAGGCGGCACAUCGGCCGCGGUGUCAGGCUCUAUUACAUCGGCGGGGAGGUGUUCGCCGAGUGCCUCAGCGACAGCGCCAUCUUCGUGCAGUCCCCGAACUGCAACCAGCGCUACGGCUGGCACCCGGCCACCGUCUGCAAGAUCCCGCCAGGCUGUAACCUGAAGAUUUUUAACAACCAGGAGUUUGCUGCCCUGCUGGCCCAGUCGGUGAACCAGGGCUUCGAGGCCGUGUACCAGCUGACCCGCAUGUGCACCAUCCGCAUGAGCUUCGUCAAGGGCUGGGGCGCCGAGUACAGGAGGCAGACUGUGACCAGCACUCCCUGCUGGAUUGAGCUGCACCUCAACGGGCCCCUGCAGUGGCUGGACAAGGUCCUCACACAGAUGGGCUCCCCCAGCAUCCGCUGCUCCAGCGUCUCCUAAGGAAACUCCUCCUGGGGGCCCCUGGGGCAACAGAGACUCUGGAACACCCUUAGCAAAGGCAUAGUAAACAACUCCCCAGUUACUCAAGCAAUGAGAAAAAAAAUCUGCUUUGAAAACAAAAAAAGAAGUGGGUUUUCUUUGUUUUGUUGUUGUUUUUAAAUACCCAUUUAAGCCACUUCCACUGAAACUGUCGGCACUUUGGUCAGGAUGCUCUGGGGCUGCAGUUGGAAUUUGGAGCAGGAGCUGGUGAGGAUGAAGAGCUGGACUUGUUUCAGUGGAGAGCAGGCAGUGCCAGCCUGGCUCUGGGCUGUGUGAGUGCACAGGAGCCAUCCCAGCUCCAAGGAAACCUCCCCUUCCCUCACACAACUCCCAGGAACAGCAGAGCCCAGGAUGGGAACAGCAGAGCCCAGAGGACUCCAGGAUGGGAACAGCAGAGCCCAGAGGACUCCAGGAUGGGAACAGCAGAGUUUGUGGAACUCCAGGAUGGCUCCUGGGAUGGCUCCUGCUCAUUCCUUCACCACCCAGCUGAUCCACACUGCACUGCAGCAGCACGGGGGAAGGAGGCUUCUCAAACACACAAAAGAAUUCAUCCCCCCAGGAGUGUUCCCAAAAGGAAGGAAUUUCCCACACUGGACUUCCAGCAAGGAGGCAGAGCUUUGCCUGGUGCCUGAGGGAUGAUGCCCCCAUGGAUCAGCCUGGAUUCAGGAGCAAAAGGCCAAGUUUGAGGCUCUUUGUGGUGUUGCUGCAGUGAUUUUUGACUGGAGCUGCUCCCAGAGGGAUGAUUGUCCCGUGGGGAGCCGUGCCUGGAGCAGUUCAGGCUCUGCUCUCUGCACUCUCUGGGCUGGCUUUGCCCAGUCCCUGCCUCUCCCGUGCCCAGGGAUGGAAUGUGCAGGCCUGGCUGUGGAGCAGCCCUGCAGGGGGAUCCUGUGCAGCAGCCAGGACAUCUGAGACACAACCAAGCCUCUGUGUGAAACUUGUUCCAGCUGAUGAAAAUGCUCUAAGAUGUGUUUUUGCCUGGAGAAAUCGGCAGAGUGUGUAUUUACUUGUAUUAUAAAAUGUUCCUUUUAAACAUACAUGCUCCAGACUGUUUAAUAUUUUUUAUCCCUGCAGCAACUGUCGUGGCAAACAAAUUCCACAACUGGAAAAAAACCCUUAGCACUUGUUUUUAUGGUUCAUGUUUGCCAAAUAAGUCUCAUAACUUUGUCAGUGCUGUCCAAUUAUCUGUUUCUUUAUAUCUGCAGUGAAUAUCUUAUGCAUUUGUGCCAAAAUAUUAGAGGGGGAGGGGAGAAAGUGAUAAUCAGUUUCCUAUGGAAAUCUUUUUUUUUUUUCUUGUUUUUUUUUUUUUAAUCUAUGAAAGACAAACCAGCUGGAUGUGGCUGUGGGAAGGACUGACUGG